UCUCCUUCUUGUCUUCUUCUUCUCCACACGUUUUCACCUCAACUUUCUUCUUUCAUAUUCCUAGUGUUUCUCAACUCUGUUUCUAAAUUUUUCUUUUUUCUGACAAAAAAAACUAAUACAGCAUUAUAUAACUCUUUUUCCUCAAGUUCCAAAUCUUCUUUAAGAAACUAUUUAUAGGGAAAAAAAAAUGUGGGUUCUGUGCAUUGGAGCUCUAGUUAUCAUAUGCAUCACACAUUGGGUUUACAGAUGGAAAAAUCCCAGAUGCAAUGGAAAACUACCUCCUGGUUCAAUGGGUUUUCCACUUCUUGGAGAGACACUUCAGUUUUUCAGUCCCAAUACUUCUUCUGAUAUUCCUCCUUUCAUUAAGAAAAGGAUGAAAAGAUAUGGGCCUAUAUUCAAGACCAAUUUGGUUGGUCGACCGGUUGUAGUAUCAACAGACCCGGAUCUAAAUUACUUCAUUUUCCAACAAGAGGGACAUUUGUUUCAGAGCUGGUAUCCAGACACAUUUACAGAGAUCUUUGGAAGACAAAAUGUGGGUUCGUUACAUGGUUUCAUGUAUAAGUACCUUAAGAAUAUGGUUCUGAACCUUUUUGGUCCUGAAAGCCUUAAGAAGAUGGUUCCUCAAAUUGAGCAAGCUGCAACUAGAAGAUUACAACAAUGGUCAAAUCAGAAUAGUGUGGAAUUAAAAGAGGCCACUGCAAGUAUGAUAUUUGACUUGACUGCAAAGAAACUGAUCAGUUAUGAUCAAAAUAACUCCUCUGAGAAUCUAAGGCAAAACUUCGUUGCAUUCAUUCAGGGGUUAAUCUCCUUCCCUCUGGACAUUCCUGGAACAGCUUAUCAUAAAUGUUUACAGGGUAGGAAAAGAGCAAUGAACAUGCUGAAGAAUCUGCUACAAGAAAGAAGGGAAAAUACCAAGAAGCAACAGAGUGAUUUUUUCGAUUUCGUCCUCGAAGAACUUCAGAAAGAAGGAACUAUCCUAACAGAGGCAAUUGCCUUGGAUCUUAUGUUUGUGUUACUGUUUGCCAGCUUUGAAACAACUUCCCUAGCUAUAACUUUAGCCGUUAAGUUUCUUUCAGACCAUCCUCUGGUGCUAAGCCAAUUAAGGGAGGAGCAUGAAUCCAUUGUAAAACAAAGGGAAAAUCCUGAUUCUGGACUCACAUGGAAAGAAUACAAAUCAAUGACAUUCACAUUUCAGUUCAUCAGUGAAACAGUCAGACUCGCUAAUAUUGUCCCAGGUAUCUUCCGGAGAGCACUUAGAGAUAUCCAGUUUAAAGAUUAUACCAUUCCAGCAGGUUGGGCAGUCAUGGUGUGUCCCCCAGCCGUACACUUAAACCCUGCAAAAUAUGAAGAUCCUCUGGCGUUCAAUCCUUCGAGAUGGAAGGGAAUGGAAUCAAAUGGUGCAUCCAAACAUUUCAUGGCUUUCGGUGGCGGUAUGAGAUUCUGUGUUGGAACAGAUUUUACUAAAGUGCAGAUGGCAGUAUUCCUCCAUUGCUUAGUUACCAAGUACAGGUGGGAUGCAAUCAGAGGAGGGAAUAUACUCCGAACUCCUGGUUUACAAUUUCCAAAUGGUUUCCACGUUCAGAUAAUGGAGAAUGAGACAAGGAAAGAUGGGAAGGACAUAUAAACUUUACGGAUGGUGGUACAAGAGAUUCAAAACUUUUGGUCUGUUACCAAGAAGAAUUACUAUUCACAGCUGCAAAGAAGGAUAGUAAUCAGCAAUAUACUCAAUGCGCAAAAUGGAGAAGCACUUGUCAUUGUUACUCCAAAAACGACAAUGACCUAUAAUUUUAAUGGUCAUAAAGUUUUGUGCCUUUUUUU